CUCUGCCCCGCAGACAUGUCCUUCCGCAAAGUGGUACGGCAGAGCAAAUUCCGGCAUGUGUUUGGGCAGCCGGUCAAGAAUGACCAGUGCUACGAGGACAUUCGAGUGUCCCGUGUCACCUGGGACAGCACUUUCUGCGCGGUCAACCCCAAGUUCCUGGCAGUGAUUGUGGAGGCCAGCGGCGGGGGCGCCUUCCUGGUGCUCCCCCUAAGCAAGACGGGCCGCAUUGACAAGGCCUACCCGACAGUGUGUGGGCACACGGGACCCGUCCUGGACAUCGACUGGUGUCCCCACAAUGACGAAGUCAUCGCCAGCGGCUCAGAGGACUGCACAGUCAUGGUGUGGCAGAUCCCAGAGAAUGGGCUGACCUCCCCGCUGACGGAGCCAGUGGUGGUGCUAGAGGGGCACACCAAGCGAGUGGGCAUCGUCACCUGGCACCCAACAGCCCGAAACGUGCUGCUCAGCGCAGGCUGCGACAACGUGGUGCUCAUCUGGAACGUGGGCACCGCGGAGGAGCUGUACCGCCUGGACACCCUGCACCCGGACCUCAUCUACAAUGUCAGCUGGAACCGCAACGGCAGCCUCUUCUGCUCGGCGUGCAAGGACAAGAGUGUGCGCAUCAUCGACCCCCGCCGUGGCACCCUGGUGGCAGAGCUGGAGAAGGCUCACGAGGGGGCCCGGCCCAUGCGGGCCAUCUUCCUGGCGGACGGCAAGGUGUUCACCACAGGCUUCAGCCGCAUGAGCGAGCGGCAGCUGGCGCUCUGGGACCCCGAAAACCCGGAGGAGCCCAUGGCCCUGCAGGAACUGGACUCGAGCAACGGGGCUCUGCUGCCCUUCUAUGACCCUGACACCGGUGUGGUCUACGUCUGCGGCAAGGGCGACUCCAGCAUCCGGUACUUCGAGAUCACAGACGAGCCCCCCUACAUCCACUUCCUGAACACGUUCACCAGCAAGGAGCCCCAGAGGGGCAUGGGCAGCAUGCCCAAGCGGGGCCUGGAAGUCAGCAAGUGUGAGAUCGCCCGGUUCUACAAGCUGCACGAGCGCAAGUGUGAGCCCAUCGUCAUGACUGUGCCAAGAAAGUCCGACCUCUUCCAGGACGACCUGUACCCCGACACCGCCGGGCCUGAGGCGGCCCUGGAGGCAGAGGAGUGGGUGAGCGGGCGGGACGCCGACCCCAUCCUCAUCUCGCUGCGGGAGGCCUACGUGCCCAGCAAGCAGCGGGACCUGAAAGUCAGCCGGCGCAAUGUGCUGUCUGACACCCGGCCCACGGCAGCCCCAGGCUCUGCCCGCUCCACGUCCGCCGCCACCACUGCAGAUGCCACCCCCAGCGGCAGCCUUGCUGGAGCCGGGGAGGCCGGGAAGCUGGAAGAGGUGAUCCGCGAGUUAUGGGCCCUGCGGGCGCUGGUCAAGGAGCAGGGCGAGCGCAUCGGCCGCCUGGAGGAACAGCUGGGCCGCAUGGAGAACGGCGAUGCCUAGGCCGCCCGCCGCGGACACCACUGCCCACGCCACUCUGCGUCCUUCAUUCUGUCUCACAAGCUCCCGCUGGCAGGUCACACCGGGCUGGCUGGCAGCCCGGGCCUCAGGCGCGCCUGGGGCGGUUUCCGCCCUGACCCAUCCCGGGCCCAGGCUGGAGCCAGCACCUGCCUUUGGCCAUUGUCGCUGCGGAGGACUUUUGUCCUUGCUUGUCCUCCGAGGGACCAUCUUCCCACCCCCGCCCGGCCCCCUGCUCCCUCCCCAGAGGCGGGAGGGAUGGGCGCUAUAUUUUCAUUCCAAAUAAAAUUCUCUUU